AGAGCUGGUGUGAAGACUCAUGUGUUGCGAUGCAAUACAGUGGCUGUGGCUUUGCCAGCAAUUCUAAGGACACGUGUACAGUCCUCCUUGCGUGGGUGGGGAACGUGCUACGGGACAGUGCAGUGAUCUGCCACUAGGAACAUGCAGUGCUCAAAUAGUCAUUCUCUCAUGGGCUGUCUGGGUAGCCUUGGGUGACAUUGAGCUGUGCUUUGUGACAGGCUGGACGAAGGGGACAGGACCAAGGUGUUGAGUGCCAUUGAUCUGUGACACUCUUGGCUGUGCAGGGACCUGUCCCCAGAGCUCUCUUAUGCAGUGGCUCUUCACGUGACUGUCUUUUGGGUUUCAGGUGACAGCAAGCUCCAAACCCCUCAAGUACAGCUGAGAUGUCUUAUCUGCCCUUCAAACUGUGAAUCCUUGGUUAAAGGGAGUCCCACAGCCACCACCAGGGCCUGCCAACUUCUCCAGUUGUUCCCAGCUACUCCUGCAACAUUGGCAGCUUUCAAAGGCUCUAGGAUGCUGGGGCCAGCCAGGCUCGGGUUGCCCACCUGAUCCUUGCCACCUGUGUCCUGCUGGCACACCAUGUUGCGCUCCUGGCGCACGAAGCUGAAGCUGCUGCUCGCCACAGUGACCCUGGCCAUCCUCCUCUCCUGGCUCUACCUCUUUGUGGGCAGCCUUGAAUAUGGCCGCUUCCUUCUGCUGCCACCCUGCCUGGGCGAGCAGCCAAGCCGGGAUGUGGAACGGGAGGCUCUGGCCUCACGAGUGCGCAGGGUGGAGGAGGAGAAUCAGCAGCUCCGCCUGCAGCUCAGCCAGGCUCAGAUGGAGGGCAGCGAUGGCAGCCCACAGUGGGGACCCUCUGCCGAGGAUGGAGAUUUCCCCAGGGGUGAGAGGAGCAAUCAUACAGCCUGCCCCAAGCAGCAGACAGUGCACAAAUGUGAGCUCCUGCAUGUUGCGAUUGUGUGUGCUGGGCACAACGCGAGCCGGGACGUGGUCACCCUGGUCAAAUCCAUCCUCUUCCACAGGAAGAACCCCCUCCACUUUCACUUCAUCACGGACUCUGUGGCCCACCAGAUCCUCCAGACACUCUUCCAGUCCUGGAUGGUGCCUUCUGUACACGUCAGCUUCUACAAUGCCGAUGACUUGAAGCCAGAGGUGUCGUGGAUCCCCAACAAGCACUACUCUGGCAUCUAUGGGCUGAUGAAGCUGACGCUUACCAAGGCGCUGCCCUCCAACCUUUCCAAGGUCAUCGUCUUGGACACUGACAUCACCUUUGCUACUGACAUUGCCGAGCUCUGGGCUGUCUUUGGGAAGUUUUCUGAAAAGCAGGUGAUUGGGCUGGUGGAGAACCAAAGUGACUGGUAUUUGGGCAAUCUGUGGAAAAACCACAAACCAUGGCCGGCCCUGGGACGUGGCUUCAACACAGGGGUGAUCCUGCUCCUGCUGGACCGUCUGCGUCACCUGGGCUGGGAGCAGAUGUGGCGGCUGACGGCAGAGCGGGAGCUCAUGGGCAUGCUCUCCACCUCGCUGGCCGAUCAGGACAUCUUUAAUGCGGUGAUCAAGCAGAACCCAUCCCUAGUGUACCGGCUUCCCUGCUUCUGGAAUGUGCAGCUCUCAGAUCACACCCGCUCGGAGCAGUGCUACACUGAGCUUUCAGAUCUCAAGGUGAUCCACUGGAACUCACCCAAGAAGCUGCGGGUGAAGAACAAGCAUGUGGAGUUCUUCCGUAACCUCUACCUGACCUUCCUGGAGUAUGAUGGGAACCUGCUGCGCAGGGAGCUUUUUGGCUGUGCCAAUCUUCCCAGCCCACCCAGGGACCAGCAGGCACUGGAGGAGUUGGAUGAGGAUGAUCCCUGCUAUGAUUUCCGCCAGCAGCACCUCACGCAGCACCGCAUCCACCUGUUCUUCCUGCAGUACGAGUUCUUGGCAUUUCCCAACCCUACCGAUGUCACCCUCGUGGCCCAGCUCUCCAUGGACAGGUUACAGAUGCUGGAGGCCAUCUGCAAACACUGGGCGGGCCCCAUCAGCCUGGCACUGUACAUGUCAGAUGCUGAGGCUCAGCAGUUCCUGCGCUACGCCCAGGCCUCGGAGGUGCUGAGCGCCCGCCGCAAUGUCGCCUACCACAUUGUCUACAAGGAGGGGCAGUUCUACCCCAUCAACCUCCUGCGAAACGUGGCCUUGGCCAACACGCAGACGCCAUACGUCUUUCUGACGGACAUUGACUUCCUGCCUAUGUAUGGCCUCUACGAUUACCUCAGGAACUCCAUCCAGCAGCUGGAGCUGCCCCAGAGGAAGGCAGCUCUCAUUGUGCCGGCGUUUGAGACCCUGCACUACCGCCUGACCUUCCCCAAAUCCAAAGCAGAGCUGCUCUCCAUGCUGGACAUGGGCUCCCUCUACACCUUCAGGUACCAUGUGUGGCCAAAAGGCCAUGCCCCAACAGACUAUGCCAAGUGGCGGACGGCCACUGUGCCGUACCGUGUGGUGUGGCAGCCAGACUUCGAGCCUUACGUUGUAGUGAGGCGAGAUUGCCCCAGGUAUGACCAGAGGUUCGUGGGCUUCGGCUGGAACAAAGUAUCCCACAUCAUGGAGCUGGAUGCGCAGGAGUAUGAGCUGCUGGUCCUGCCCAAUGCCUUCAUGAUCCACAUGCCCCAUGCCCCCAGCUUCGACAUUUCCAAGUUUCGCCUGAAUGCAGGAUACCGGGGCUGCCUCCAAACGCUGCGGGAGGAGUUCCACCAGGACCUGUCACGGCGAUAUGGGGCUGCUGCGCUCAAAUACCUCACCGCCGAGAGAAGCCUGUGACACCUGGGGACAGUGGGUGCGGGGUACAAGCAGCACACUGGGAGGGUGCAGGGCCUCCCUCCUGCCCCUGCCCACCACCGCAGCCCAGCUUGAGGGAACGGAGUUGGCAGCACAGCCUCUCCAGCCCACCAAAGGGAUACCCACAGAUAAGGUGGAAGAUAUCAGCUGCAAGAACAGGUAGUGCCUGGAGGUCAAGCUACCACAGCCUUCUUGAGUUACAGGGGAACCUCCUUAUGCCAGGGGCCAGGGAGUCAGCUCUCCUCCCUCCUCUCUUUUAGUAGAUGUGGGUUCCUUAGUCUUCACUAGCUCACUUGACCUUGAGGCCUGGCUCCUCCAGAGGCCUGGGAGCUGUGCCAUACCCUGCUCUGCCCUUGCUCAGUGGUCCCAGUUCCAGUCCUUGCAUACUCCUCUGGGGCUUUGGUGAGCGAGAGAUGAGGUUGUAGAACAUCCCUUUGUGGAGCAGGCUCAGAGGAAGCCUCCAAGCACCUUGGGAGCUCCAGCCAGGGAGUACCAGGAGUUGUUGGAGACCUGGUUCAAGCCCAGAUCAAGGCUGGCUGGUUAACAGCAGAGAAGUAUUAUUACUCCCGAUCCAUAUGGAUGCAGUCUCCAGUGGAGUUGGCCCUGCACUGGUGGUGCUGGAGUCACCCAGAGCAGGAUGAGCUCCCAGAGCAGGACAGGCUGUCUGCUGUCCCCAGAAUGAACUCCCAGAAUAGACCUGCACCUCCAGUCUGGGAGCAGCCGUGGUGGUAACAGACCUGUGUUGUGUUGGCAGUGCCCCACAGGGCUGGGCUGCAAACCAUGGCCAGGAGCAAAACAGCAGCUUCAUGGGCCAGUGCAUGCUGAGAGAAGUUUCUGGCAGGGACCACCCUGCUCCUCCCCAGCUCCCGGCAGCACAGUCGUUGCCAUCAACAAUCAGGGAUGCGACUGACACUGGACAAGACCGUAGCUGAGCACUGUGGCAAGAACCCUGUGCCAGGAGCAGCUUGACCAGACACUGUUCUACCACUAUCACACACUGGAGCACAGAGGAUGCAUUGCUUUCCUCACGCUGUUUAAAUUAUUUAAUACUUUUCUCAUAAGAAUUCAGUAAUUAGGGUGUCUGGGGUUCUUCUUUUUAAUCCUUUUUCCCUCCAAGAUGAUUUUGCUGAUGGCCCUGGAGGCUCUCCAGGCCAGUUGCUGCUGCAGCCUCUGCUGUUCUCUCCUUAGCUUUGCUCUGGGCUGCAAGAGCUAGAGCUAGCUCUGUGCAGGGGUGAGGAUUUCCGUCCAUGGUGGGAGUGACUAAGAGGAGCCAUACAAAGCACGGGGUAUGGAAAGGGCACAAGCGCCUCUUGCUUUUUUCCUCAUUUUAAUUUAAUUUUUAAAUUAAAGCUUUUUUAUUCUUUUUCACAUUCUUGUUAGAACUGCCUGGUUAUUAAUUUUUUCCCUUGGAGGGAAGACAGCAGGAAGAGUGUAAUGGAGGAGUAGCCUGAGCCUUGGCUGUGGAAAAGCAUCACUGGGCUUGCUCUGCCUGGCAUGUUUUCCUGUUGGACUGGCACAGUGGGAAGGUUAAGGAACAAGGAGCAGCAGCAGGCAAAAGAAAUGCCAGUGUCACCAAGUGGCAGGUGCACCGGUCCCCUGCCAGCUCUGAAAGGGUUGUUAGGCUCAAGUCUGAUGGUUCCCAGCACUGCAGCAGGGCCCAGGCAGCCUGCCUGCACAGCCAGCACCCCUGAACUGGAUCAUGGGGCUUCACGGUUUAGGCAUGUAGUCAGUUUAAACACCCCCAGGUAGAAGGGAUGUAGUUUCAUCUGGUGGUGCUCCAGCUCAUCCCCGAGAGCAGCAUGCUGAGCUGGAUGCUCUGCCAGGAUCUGCAGGACCUUUCCUCACCCAGAGGAGGGAGGACAGGCACCCACCUCUGGCCACAAUGCAGG